UUGAAUGAUUGUAAAGUAUUUUUCCACAGUAAAAUGGCGAAUGUUCUACACAUAUUGUGGUUUUCUGUCCUUUUCAAGGGUUUGAACUUUGUGUACUUUGAAAUGGAUAAGAUUGAAAAUAACUAUAAUGCAGCCUUAAUAAAAACUAUAACAUUCAGUUUGGUGCCUUGCGGUAAUCGAACAUAUCUAAAUGGCUCUGUUACACCCGUCGUAGAUAUCCCUCGAUUUAAUUACACAGCAGUGCUGAAUAUGCGUCGCGACAAUGGACGCGUCGUAAAGCUUUUCGCUGCCACUAUUGACGGUUGCGAGUUUAUUGACUCGAAUAUAAAUAAAACUAUGAAUUUGGGUAAUCUGUUUUUCAGAGAUCUACGUGCUCUUGCGACCUUUCCAAAAAUGUGCCCUUGGCCUAAGGGGUUUGAGGUUGUGGUUAGUAUGUUCUAUCCAGACACCCGUAAAUGGCCUAUUUAUAUGCCAGAAAUGAAAUACAAUGUUAUGUUCAUAAUGUACACCAAUGGAAAGUUUGGAUAUUCGGUUACGGUAAACGGAACAACAUUGAAUAGGCGCCGCAAAAAAGGCUAAACCUAAAAGCAGGAAAGAGCCAUGAUUUCUGAAAUUUUCACUACUACGAUUAAAUUUCAGUUU